GGAGCCCGGCCCCUCGGCCGCACUGGGCGCUGCGCACCGCCAACCUCCGCCGCCACCACCGCCGCCACCGCCACCAGAAUGCCGGGAGAGGCGGCCGCGCUGGCGCUGGGCAUGCUGGUGGCUGUGUGCCAUGCCCUGGAGAACACAACGUCAGCGCUGAGCGAUCCCCCAGUGGCAGCAGCCGUGCGGUCACACUUCAAUGAGUGCCCCGACUCCCACCGGCAGUUCUGCUUCCACGGGACGUGCCGCUUCCUGGUGCAGGAGGACAAGCCGGCGUGUGUGUGCCACUCAGGCUACGUGGGGACGCGCUGUGAGCACGCAGACCUGCUGGCCGUGGUGGCUGCCAACCAGAAGAAGCAGACGAUCACCGCGCUGCUGGUGGUGGCCGUGGUGGCCUCGGCGGUGCUGAUCGCAGCCUGCGUGCUCAUCCACUGCUGCCGGCUGCGGAAGCGCUGCGGGUGCUGCCGGGUGCCGCUGUGCGGGCAGGAGAAACCGUCGGGGCUGCUGAAGGGUGGAGCGUCCUGCUGCCAUACUGAGAGUGUUGUCUGACAGAGCCAACGCAUCCCAGAGGGACACAGACGCCGCUUCUCCCCGUUGGUUUCCCCCUUUUUCCCCCUUUGGUUUCCCCAUUUUUCCCCUUUAUUUUUCCCCCUUUCUUUUUGUCCUCCUUCCCUUUCUGGGGAACACCAGCGGGGGAAGCACCGCAACGGCUGCAGUGCUCCCAGUUCUCCCAGUGCUCCCAGUCUCUCUGACAAUCCACCUCCCACCACCACAGCCCAGAGUGCUGGAAAUGGGGGAAGACACCCCAAAAUCCCCCCUGCUGCCGGCUCCUGGGAAGCAUCACUGGGUGCUGGUUGGGCUUUUUUUUUUUUUCCUCAAACACUUCUAUUUUUUUUCCUCCCCCUUUUUUUCCCCUUCUUCUUUUUGCUUUUUCCCCGUCUUUAUCUUUUCCUUUUAUCUCCCUUCUUCUUUUUCCUUUUUGCCCUCUUCCCUUUCUCCCUUUUCUCCCCUCUCCCCCCUCCUUUCUCCCCUCUCCCCUCUUCUUUCUUCCCCUUUCCCCCCUUCUUUCCUCCCCUCUCCCCCCUUUCUUUUCUCCCCUCUCCCCCCUUUCUUUUCCCCCUUUCCCCCUUCUUAUUUUCCCCCCUUUCCCCCCAUAUUUUCUAACCAAAACACACAAGAGAUCCCCUCAGCUUUAUUUUUCUAUGUGCCUACCACAACAAGUGCCGCCGAACCCUCGGCCGUUCCCGAAGCCACCGCAGCGCCUUUGGGGACAGAUCAGCUCUUUUUAGUAAUAAUACAGUGAACCAUAAUCCUAAGAAACCUCCCCCAAAACGGAGGCCCCAACCCCCUCCCCAGCCCUUCAUCCUCUCCAUAGCCCCCAUCAUAACCAACCCGAUGCUAUUUUUUGGGUUUGUUUUGUUGUUUUGUUUUUUUUAGUCAUGGUUACUCAAUGUCUUCUGUAUAUGUUGCACUGAAGGUUAAUAUUUAAUGUUUUAAUUUAUUUUGUGUGGUUUAAAUUAAUUUUGAUUUCUAUGAUAUGUUAUUGUGAUCAGCUGUUUUCCUUUCGCCCCCUCCCCCCUUAAUACCUGGAUUAUAGAUAUUUAAGUGAUAUAAAGGACACUUUUUCAGAA